AUAAAGCUCCUCAAAACAUCCAUCUUCUAGGAGAAGGGAAGCUGAAGACAGACCUGGAUUUAUUUUCCGACUCUCUUGGGUGCUUGAGAAGAACCGUCCCCAUGCAACUAACGCUGAUGAUUCUGGGCCUUGCUGCCCUUUUUGGUACUUCUGAGAGUCAGACUGGAUGCUUUGGUAACAUAAACAACAUUGAUACCACUGGGGCUUCCUGUAAAACUGCAGGACAAGAAGGUUUAGAUUACUGUGGACGUCCUGCGUCAGAAAAGAUUGCUGAGAGGGACUUAAAUAAUAUGAACAAAUAUAAAGCCAUCAUUAAGAGCACUGGCAAAAAAAAAUGUGUAGAUCCAGCAGUGAUCGCUGGUAUUAUCUCUCGAGAGUCACAUGCUGGAACUCUCCUAAAGGCUGGCUGGGGUGAUAACGGCAAUGCAUUUGGUUUGAUGCAGGUUGAUAAAAAUCACCAUAGUAUUGUUGGACAGUGGAAUGGUGAAGAUCAUCUCCUUGAUGCUACACAAAUCCUUAUCGAUAUGAUUAAGGGAAUCCAGAAAAAAUUCCCCAGAUGGACAAAGGAACAACAGCUGAAAGGUGGGAUUUCUGCCUACAAUGGAGGACUAGGAAAUGUCCGAAGUUAUGUAAAUAUGGAUAGGGGCACGCCCGGCGAUGAUUAUGGCAAUGAUGUCGUUGAACGAGCCAAGUUUUAUAAGAGAAAUGGAUAUUGAAUCUGGGAAUUCUCUUCUUUCAGAUAAAUUGUAGUGCAUAUGAUUAUCAGUCUGAUGUACAUUAGAGAUACUGUAUGUUUGGGGGAAGAUUAAAACCUGUAUCCUGAAAAUCCUUAUUGAUGCAUAUAGGCCCACUGACUGCAGUGGGAAGAAUUGCUUCAAUAAGGGUUUACAGUCUCAGGCACCAGAUUUUUAAAUUCUACAAUCAGUAAACAUUAGUUAUAUGGUAAAUUUAAAACAUUUGGUCUCUAUCUAACCAAGGAAACAUUAACCAGAGUAUUGAUAAUAUCCUAUCCUAUUCUGAUUAUUUCUCUGAUUUAUUAAAGCUGCUCUGUCUAGCUAUUGUUAGUCUUCUACCUUCCCAUUUUUAAUCAUAUAUAUAUUUCAAUAUCUGCUGUUGUCUUAAGAAAUAAAAAGGGAAAAGUAAUCUCUUUGGGGAAGGAAAAAUGUA